GCCGUCCCUCCUAACGAAAUCAUCGACAAUUUGCUGGCUCUUGCAGUGCCUUGGCCCUGGCUUACUGCCACUCACCUCACAUUACCUCACCUCACCUCAGCUUUGCCCACACGUUGAUCCCUCUCUCUGCCGUUGCACAACUGACCUGUGGUCGUCCCUACCUCUGGCAUCACCGCGAUCCAGGUGCACGCCGCACAACCCGAAACAACCGUUGCCGACCCGUCGCCAGUGCUACCACCAUCACCACCGCCACGGCCAGACCAAACAACCAACCCACCAUCCCUAGAGUGCCAUCAUUACUACCUCAACGGCGCGCCCUCUUUGAUGCCCUCCUUACUGGUUCCUCCCCGCUCCUCCCCGGAUGCCGCCCAACGCCAGUCUGCGCGCUCCUGACUCUAGAAUCGCCCAAUUGCCAUGGCUGGCAAACCUCCUUACGGGGGACCAUCGCAGCACGACGACCUGCUGCUCGACCUCGACGACCAGCCCGUCUACAGCCAGGGCCAGCGCUCUGCCCUGAACGAUGACGACCUCCUCGCCUCUGACGCAUACGACCACGAUGGCGCCCAGCCACGGCCCUCCGUCUCCUACGACGAUUUCGUCGGCGGCGCCCAGCCAUCACAUUCCUCCCUAGCCUCGCCGCAGCUCUCCUCGCCCCCAGACUCCGGGAGGCCCGCCGGCCCAUACACCGACCGCGGGACCAGGCAGUACAGCCAGACCUCCGAGCUUGGCAACUACCAGCGCUACGCCGACGAUGAGAUUGACGACUUCGCCGACGACGGCGCUCACUACUACCAGCACGGGAGCAGCCCCGGCGCGCCGGCCGGCUAUCAAUCGCAGGGCCGGAGCACUGCAAGGAACAGGAACAGCGUGUUGGGUCUCGGCGGCGGCAUAGUAGGCCGCGCAAAGAACAUGCUGGGCAUGGGCCAGGGCUACUCCGAGAUGGACCUCCCGCUCACCGAGCCGGGCGCACAGCGGGCCGGAUCCGCCGCAGGCGCCGACGCGCAUCCCAAGUCGGCCAAGAAGGGCUUCGACAUGGGCAACUUCAAGUUCGGCUUCGGCCGUGGCAAGCCAGACCCCUCGACGCUGGGGCCGCGCAUCAUCCACCUCAACAACCCCCCGGCAAACCAGGCGAACAAGUACGUCGACAACCACGUGUCCACCGCAAAGUACAACGUCGCCACCUUCCUGCCAAAGUUCCUCUUCGAGCAGUUUUCAAAAUACGCAAACGUCUUCUUCCUUUUCACCUCCGGGCUACAACAGAUACCCAACCUCUCACCCACGAACCAAUACACCACCAUAGGACCUCUGAUCGUCGUGCUCCUGAUCUCCGCCGGCAAGGAGCUAGUCGAGGACUACCGGAGGAAGCAGGCCGACAAGACCCUGAACAUGUCCAAGGCCAGGGUGCUGCGCGGGUCCGAGUUCACAGACGCGAAAUGGAUCAAUGUGGCGGUUGGCGACAUCGUCCGGGUCGAGUCCGAGGAGUCAUUCCCCGCCGAUCUUGUGCUGCUUGCCAGUUCCGAGCCCGAGGGCCUCUGCUACAUCGAAACCGCGAACCUCGACGGGGAGACCAACCUGAAGAUCAAGCAGGGUCUGCCCGAGACCGCCGCCCUGGUCAGCUCGAGCGACCUCGGCCGGCUCGGGGGCAAGAUCAAGUCUGAGCAGCCCAACAGCAGCUUAUAUACGUACGAGGCGACGAUGACGAUGCAGGCGGGUGCCGGGGAGAAGGAGCUGGCCCUGAACCCGGAGCAGCUGCUCUUGCGUGGCGCGACGCUGCGAAACACCCCGUGGAUCCACGGUGUUGUCGUCUUUACCGGCCACGAGACGAAACUGAUGCGUAACGCGAAUGCUGCCCCGAUCAAGAGGACCAAGGUCGAGAAGCAGAUGAACCUGUUGGUGCUGAUGCUCGUCGGCACCCUUCUUAUCCUCAGCAUUGUGUGUACCGUCGGUGAUCUCAUCAUGCGCAGUGUCGAGGGCAGCGCUUUCGGGUAUCUCGAGUUGACUCCUCUGACAAGUGCCGGCCUGGUCGCGAGACAAUUCGCCCAGGAUAUGGUUACCUACUGGGUUCUCUUCUCUGCGCUUGUGCCCAUCUCCUUGUUCGUCACGGUCGAAAUGGUCAAGUACUGGCAUGGAAUCCUCAUCAACGACGACCUCGACAUGUAUUAUGACAAGAAUGACACCCCCGCCAAUUGUCGGACUUCUAGUCUGGUGGAAGAACUGGGGAUGGUCGAAUAUGUGUUCUCGGACAAGACGGGCACGCUGACCUGCAAUAUGAUGGAGUUCAAGCAGUGCUCGAUUGCCGGUGUCAUGUACUCGGAGGACGUACCAGAGGACAGGCGGGCUACCGUACAGGAUGGUGCCGAGGUUGGUAUUCACGAUUUUGCGCGACUCCGCGAAAACACGACCUCGCACGAGACGGCACCUGUCAUCGAGCAUUUCCUGGCUUUGCUGUCCACCUGUCAUACCGUUAUCCCCGAGAACGACGGCGCGGGCAACAUCAAAUACCAGGCUGCGUCGCCUGACGAGGGUGCGCUGGUCGAAGGUGCAGCCUUGCUUGGGUACAAGUUCACUGCCCGCAAGCCGCGCUCCGUCAUCAUCGAGGCGGGCGGCCAGAGUUACGAGUACGAGCUUCUCGCCGUCCUCGAGUUCAACUCGACAAGAAAGAGGAUGUCAACAAUCUUCCGGUGUCCCGACGGCAAGAUCCGCUGCUACUGCAAGGGUGCAGAUACCGUCAUCCUGGAGCGGCUGAACGACAACAACCCGCAUGUGGAAGCGACACUCCAGCACCUAGAGGAGUAUGCCUCAGAGGGCCUGCGGACCCUCUGUCUCUCCAUGCGGGAGAUCCCCGAGCAGGAGUUUCAAGAGUGGUAUGGCAUCUUCGACAAGGCGUCCACGACCGUGGGCGGAAACCGUGCCGACGAGCUGGACAAGGCGGCAGAGCUCAUCGAGAAGGACUUUUUCCUCCUGGGGGCGACCGCUAUUGAGGACCGGCUGCAAGACGGAGUCCCCGAGACCAUCCACACCCUCCAGCAGGCAGGCAUCAAAGUCUGGGUCCUGACGGGCGACAGGCAGGAGACUGCCAUCAACAUUGGCAUGAGUUGCAAGCUCCUUAGCGAGGACAUGAUGCUGCUCAUCGUCAACGAGGAGUCUGCCGCCGCGACCCGGGACAACCUCCAGAAGAAGAUUGAAGCCAUCAGGACUCAAGGCGACGGGACGAUCGAGACGGAGACAUUGGCCCUCAUCAUUGACGGAAAGUCGCUCACCUACGCUCUCGAGAAGGACAUGGAGAAGCUGUUCUUGGACCUGGCUGUUAUGUGCAAAGCCGUCAUCUGCUGCCGUGUCUCGCCCCUACAGAAAGCCCUCGUCGUCAAGGUGGUCAAGAAGUAUCAGAAGCAAGCCAUCACCCUCGCUAUCGGCGACGGUGCCAACGAUGUCUCCAUGAUUCAAGCGGCACACAUCGGCGUCGGUAUCAGCGGUCUGGAAGGUCUCCAAGCAGCGCGAAGCGCAGAUGUGUCAAUAGCCCAGUUCCGGUUCCUCCGCAAGCUGCUCCUGGUGCACGGCGCAUGGAGCUACCACCGCGUGAGCAAGACGAUCUUGUUCUCGUUCUACAAGAACAUCACGCUGUACCUGACGCAAUUCUGGUACACAUUCCAGAACGUAUUCUCAGGUGCCAUCAUCUACGAGUCCUGGACACUGUCCCUCUACAACGUCUUCUUCACCGUCCUGCCCCCCUUGGCCAUGGGUAUUCUGGAUCAGUUCGUCUCUGCCCGACUACUCGACCGUUAUCCUCAGCUUUACAACCUGGGCCAGAGCAACCAGUUCUUCCGCCUGCGGGUGUUCGUCUCGUGGAUCGCCAAUGCCGUCUACCACUCCCUCAUCCUUUACAUCUUCGGCGUCCUCCUCUGGCCAUGGGACCUGGUGCAGGGCGACGGCAAGCUGGCCGGCCACUGGGUGUGGGGCACGGGGAUGUACGGCGCGGUCCUUCUCACCGUGCUGGGCAAAGCUGGACUCGUGACAAACAACUGGACAAAGUACCACGUAAUAGCAAUACCUGGUUCGAUGGCCUUUUGGAUUGCCUUCAUCGCGGCCUAUGCGACCGUGGCACCCAUGGUCAGGGUAUCGGAGGAGUAUUUCGGCACAGUGCCGCGGAUAUUCACGAGCCCUAUCUUCUGGCUGCAGAUACUGGUCCUGCCGGUGCUGUGCCUGCUACGCGAUGUAGGAUACAAGUAUGCGAAGCGCAUGUACAAGCCGCAGAACUAUCACCACAUCCAGGAGAUCCAGAAGUACAACAUCCAGGACUACAGACCAAGGAUGGAGCAAUUCCAAAAGGCUAUCCGCAAGGUACGACAGGUACAGCGGAUGCGCAAGCAGAGAGGCUACGCCUUCUCGCAGGCGGACGAGUCUCAGACGCGCGUGCUCCAGGCGUACGACACGACGCAGAACAGAGGAAGGUACGGAGAGAUGGCCUCGUCACGGCCACAUUAGAGAGGCGAAAUGGGGUUGUAAUGAUAGAGAUGGGGGUUGUGAACAUGAACGGAGGAGGAAGAGGAGAAAGAAGAAGAUGGUGGGAGGGAGAGAGGGAGGAGCACACAAAGCUGCGAGCAACGAAGUGCAAAUUACCUGCUGUUGUGUUUCUCCUCUUGCCUGUCUCUUCCCAACCCAGCCCUUUUUCGGUUAUAAUGUACACUUGCAUGAUGAUGACGAGAUUUGGGGUCCGGGCCAGCCAACCACCAACCAAGCAUGCGUGGUUGCGGAUCCUGAUGUUACGACAACACAACACAACACAAACCAAACCAAACAUAUACAUACAUAUCCAAAACACAGCGGCCCAUUGUGGGCAAGAGGGCUUUCCUAUUCUUCAUGGGUGCGGAGGUGUGGCGGUCUGGCUGUUCCUGGCUGUGUGAAGUGAUUCAGGACUGGUGUGGUGUGGUGAUUCCUUUCGCCGUGCUCGUUCAUCGCUGGGAUGCUCUCGGCCCUGGUCACCCACCGUAUUACCUCUUGCCUUUGUGUUUUUGUUUUUUCCGUUUCUUGAUUCAUCAUUGGGAUACUCUGGGUUGUGUUGAUUUCUUGUUUUAUUCCCCCAUGGGAGAGGGUAGGCAGGCGUACAGGGUAGGGGCUAUGUUGAAGAAAAAUCUUAUCUUCUACCUUGCUUUUUAUGCGGGCAUUUUUGUGGCGUGCUUGUUGGUUUGUGGGUGCAUUGGGG